GUUGUCUAAGCGAACCAACCAAAGUCUUCUUCUUUACUCAAUCAAUGGCUUCUUCGUCUUCUAUGCAGAUGGUUCACACUUCCCAGAUUGGGUUCGUUGUUAAGUCGCAAUUGGUUUCUGCAAAUCGAGCAUCUCAAUCAGUUUGCUUCGGAGCUCGUUCCUCUGGAAUUGCAUUAUCUUCGAGAUUGCACUAUGCAUCACCCAUUAAGCAAUUUUCCGGAGUUCAUGCGACCACCAAGCACCAGAGAACUGCUUGUGUUAAAUCCAUGGCGGCUGAGGAAGAGGAAGUAAUAGAACCUCAAGCUAAAGUGACAAACAAGGUUUACUUUGAUGUGGAAAUUGGAGGUGAAGUUGCUGGAAGAAUUGUGAUGGGUCUCUUUGGAGAAGUUGUGCCUAAAACCGUUGAAAACUUCCGUGUCUUGUGUACUGGUGAGAAGAAAUACGGAUACAAGGGUUCCUCUUUCCAUCGUAUUAUUAAAGAUUUCAUGAUCCAAGGAGGUGAUUUCACUGAGGGAAAUGGUACUGGAGGUAUUAGUAUUUAUGGUGCCACGUUUGAAGAUGAAAACUUCACCCUGAAGCAUACUGGACCUGGAAUCUUGAGCAUGGCAAACGCUGGUCCUAAUACUAAUGGAAGCCAGUUUUUCAUUUGCACCGUCAAGACUCCAUGGUUAGAUAACAAGCAUGUUGUGUUUGGACAAGUAAUUGAAGGUAUGAAGCUUGUUAGGACUCUUGAGUCUCAAGAGACACGCGCUUUCGAUGUUCCCAAGAAAGGCUGUAGAAUCUAUGCCUGCGGAGAGCUCCCGUUAGAAGCUUGAUAAUCACCAUUGGCCGGGGUGCAUUGUCAUUGCGAUCUUUAUUCUGUUUUUUACUAUUAUGACUAUCGAGGAAUCCAAACCAUCAAAAAGCCAAAGAUUUUCAAAUUCUGGUCUUUUGUUUAUUUAUUUCGGAUACAUGAGUUAAAAGUUCUUUGUAAUCGAUGUGGAAUUGUUAAGAGCCCGGGUCGCGCGAGCUUUGUCUGCGUUAGUAAAGAAGAUCUGAUGGU